AUGCAAGACCUGAAAAAAGAAAGACUCGCAACAGAGGCGAUUGUUAAACACCAUCAGCACAGGACAGCGAGACCCCUUCUACGGCAGGUUUUCCAGCGAUGGUGGGAUGAGGUUCGAAUCAGUCAACGCUAUGAACUUUCCACCCAGGCUUCUCGGCAACGCAUUUUGGCAACGGUGUUUCGUACAUGGCGCCUCCGACUGGCUGAGGCACACGAAAGGGAGUUUCUCCUCGCCCAGGCUCAUUGUUUUCGAAACAUGAACCUUAAGCUGAAUUACUUUUUCCGAUGGAUCGAGGCACAGAAGGAGGUUCAGAGGAUACGGUCCCUUGAGAAGGUUGCCCUUUGCCAUUGGGCUCUCAACUUGCAGGCUAAAGCCUGGAGAGCCUGGAUGGUUUACUUGGUGGAAGUGCGGUCCGCCCAUACUCGUCGAAAGGACGCUUUCCAGCGGUUCUCUGAUCGUCUGGCCAAAUGCGCCACUGCGCUUUGGAUGGGGGCUGCUUUCAGAUUACGGCGGGGAAAUUUUAAUGAGAUACCUCUUAACGUGAGUUUGGUGUCUUCAUCGGCCGUACUUCACAAGUGUGGCUAG